AUGCCGACACACUGCUGUGUGCCGCUGGGCAAGCAGAGAGGGACAAAAGAUGAAAACGGCAAAAAAGUCUCCUUUCAUCGUUUCCCAAGACAGGAGGAACUUUACAAGAAGUGGGUUAUCGCCAUAAAGCGGGAUGAAGGAAGGCAUUUUAAGAUCACGAAAUCAACAGUAGUGUGCUCGAGACACUUCAGAGAAUGCGACUUCCUUCCCAACAUUGCUAGCGGGCUGCAUAUUUUGCGGGACGCCGCCGUGCCAUCGUUGUUUGCAUUCAGAAAGACUGUGCAAGCCAGGAAGCCACCAAAAGUUCGGAAAAGUGCAUCAGGAAGGGCAGUGCACUCCAAAAGUGAUGAAGGUUCACAGCAGCUCGAAUCCAGCAUCCCAGUGUCUGACAAUGCUUCUGGUGCUACCAGUGUGAUGGAGCCCAUCAGUGAAGAUUUGCGACUGAGUGAGUCAGAUGUGCCAACCAAGUGCACCAAUGCACACUGCAAUCUGCUAUAUGAAGAACAAGAAAGUACAAUCAAGUGCAUGAAGAACAAAAUAGAAAUGCUCAGGAGUGAACUUCAUGAGGUCAAACAGAAAAUGUACAAGGCUGAAGCCGAGAAAGAACUGAUGGUGAAUGAGCUGAGAAAGGAGAAGGAAAAAAAGACACCUUUCUGCAUUGAACGCUUCAAGGACUCUUAUAAUGAUUUCCACUCAUACACAGGCAUGGUUGAUUACAGUUACUUUUGCGCACUGUUAGACCGACUAGACCCAGGACCCGAUGGGUGCAAUGUACGGCGAGGCCAACCAGACACUGAAGUGAGGUGCAACGGAGGUGGGCGUAAGAGGGCCCUAAGUGUUGAGAACGAACUUUUCCUAGUCUUGUGUAGGCUCCGUGUAGGCCUCCUGGAGUUCGACCUAGCCCAUCGCUUCGGGAUAUCACAGGCAACUGUCUCGCGUAUCUUUACCUCCUGGAUAAACUUUGCAUACUUAAAACUGGGUGCCCUACCCCUAUGGUCAUCGCGACGUGUUGUUGACACGACAAUGCCCCCAGCGUUUGUAGAGAAAUACCCGUCAACCAGAGUCAUCCUCGAUGCCACUGAGAUACGGUGCGAGGUUCCCAGUUCACUUGGUUUGCAAUCAAGCACGUACUCGAACUACAAAUCGGCAAAUACCUUUAAAGGGCUGAUUGGCAUAUCACCUAGUGGGCUUGUGUCUUUCGUCUCUGAACUUUUUACUGGCUCUGCAUCGGACAAAGAAUGUGUGGUGAAGAGUGGCUUUCUGAGGCUUCCGUUUGAGCAAGGGGACUCCGUAAUGGCGGACAAGGGGUUUCUCAUUGGUGAUGACCUCCAGCGCCUUGGUGUUCAGUUGAAUAUCCCUCCAUUCUUGAGAAAUCGGGAACAGUCACUUGAGGAGCUGAACGAAAGAAAGGAAAUAGCCUCGCUGCGUAUCCAUGUAGAGCGGCGGAUUCAGAGAGUGAAGUCAUUUCAUAUUUUUGAUACCUCAGUGUCUGCAAAACUAUGUGGGGUCAUUAAUCAGAUGUGGACGGUGGCUGUCAUUCUGACUAACUUUCAGGGACCAAUCAUUGUCAAGUCCCUUACCGGAGAAGGACAAACGUCUCAGUGA